AUGACACCUCGUCUUGAUGAUAAUAAAUUAGAAAAUGAAGUGAAAGAAAAUGAAUCAAAUAUUGAAGAUGAUAAAGAUACAUCGAGUAGCAUCUCAGUUGAGAGUGAUGACAUAUCAACGGUAUCUAAUGGAAACCAUCGAUUUACUUGGUUAUUAAGAAUUCCGUUAAUAUUAUUAAGAAAAUUGAAAAAUUCAUGGAAAAAUACAUCAGAACAUCGAUUGAAAUUAUUCGAAAUUUACAAGUUUGCUGACAAAAUUGAUAUUUUUUUAAUGAUUAUUGGAAUGAUUGCUGCAUUAGUAACCGGUGGUACUAAUACAGCAAUGUUUUAUUUUGCUCACAAAGUACUUGACAAUCUCAUUCUUAUCGACAGUGAUAACAUAGCAACGAAGAGCUCACCGCGAUCUACAGCUAAUUCAGAUGGAUGUCAAAACACCUACACAACGAGUGAAGAGGAUAUAGCAUCAUCAUACAGUACUUUACAAUCAAUUAAUAUAAAAUUUGUUGUCGUUGGUUGUAUAAGUAUAUUUCUUUAUUGGGUAGCAUGGGCAAGUUGGAUGACUGCAGCUGAAAGACAAAUACGACGUAUUCGUUAUAAACUUUUUCGAAAUAUUCUGUCUCAAGAAAUUGGUUGGUUUGAUGUUCAUAGUACUGGCGAAUUGAACAAUCGUCUCACUGAUGACUUAGAUAAAAUUAAAAAUGGCAUCAAUGAAAAAGUACCAGAUUUUGUAACACUACUUGCAAAAGCAACUGGUGUAAUGGUAUAUGCUUUGACAGUCGGAUGGAAAUUGGCACUUGUCUUUUUGUCAGUAUCACCUUUAGUUAUUCUUAUGUAUAGAAUUACUAUUGUAGUAAUCGUUAAAUACAGUGCUAAGGAAAUACAAGCAUAUGGUCUAGCAUCAUCGAUCGCUGAAGAAGCACUAAGAAAUAUUCGAACAGUAACAUCAUUUCAUGGUCAAAAAAAAGAAGAAGAACAAUACGGUCAAAAUCUUUUCUCAGCAAAGAAAAUUGGAAUUAGAAAAAGUUUGUACAUAGGUUUAUGUCAAGGUUUUGGGCAGCUUUUUAGUUUCUCAGCUAUUACAUUAACAUUUUGGUAUGGUUUAAAAUUAGUAAAAUCUGAAUGUCAGGAUUAUACACCUGGAACAUUAAUCAUCAUAUUCAUUACAUGUAUGAAUGCAACAACUACAGCAACACAAUUUAUUCCAUUCUUUCAGACAUUUGCAGAAGCAUCAACUAGCGGAAGUUAUGUAUUCGAAAUGAUUGAACGAAAAUCAAAAAUUAAUGUUUUGGAUGAUGAAGGAAAGAAAUUAGAAACAAUCAAAGGUGAUAUUGAAUUCGAAAAUGUAACAUUCAGUUAUCCUACACGACAAGAAUCAUGUAUUUUGAAAAACUUUUCACUCAAAAUACCAUCCGGUAAAACAAUUGCUUUCAUUGGCUCUUCGGGUACUGGUAAAAGUACUAUUAUUGAAUUGAUACAACGUUUUUAUGAUCCAGAUCAUGGUGAAAUAUUAAUUGAUGGACAUGAUAUAAGAACAUUGAAUAUUGGUUGGUUUCGUUCACAUAUUGGAAUUGUUAGUCAGGAACCAGUUUUAUUUAAUGGAUCAAUUGAAGAGAAUAUUCGAUUGGGAAAAUUAGAUGCAACAGAUGAAGAAGUUAUUGCUGCAGCAAAAUUAGCGAAUGCACAUAAUUUCAUCAUGGAUUUUCCUGAGAAUUAUAAGACAUUAGCAGGUGAUACAUUGAGUGUGGGUGAAAAACAACGAGUUGCUAUUGCUCGUGCACUCAUCUCGAAUCCAAAAAUCUUGUUAUUAGAUGAAGCAACCAGUGCAUUAGAUUAUACAAGUGGACGAAUUGUACAGGAUGCACUCGAUAAUGCAAAACAAGGUCGAACAACAAUUGUUAUUGCACAUCGUCUAAAUACUAUUCGAAAUGCAGAUAUAAUUAUUGGAUUGAAUGAUGGACAAAUAGUUGAAUAUGGUACACAUAACGAAUUAAUGGGAAAAAAAGGAAUUUAUUAUCAGCUAGUAAAUGAACAAGGUGGAGAUGAACUACGAAAAUCAUCAUCUGAACCAGAUAGCAAAGAAGAAACUAGAAGAAAACAAUCCUAUAGUCAAAAAAUAGCUGCUAUUCGUAAAAAGAUCGAAGAAUUAAACGAUUGUAUUAAAGAGGAAGAAGAUGAUGACAGUGAAACAUCGUCGGCUGAUUAUCUUAUAGAGAAAAAGCAAAAAAAAAAGUUUAAUCUAUUAUUUAUGUUUCGAAUACUAAAACUUAAUUUACCAGAAUGGUAUUGGAUUCUAAUUGGUUGUGCAGCGUCUCUUCUUUUUGGUGUCAUUCAACCAGGAUUUGCAUAUUUAUACUCGGGAAUUUAUGGUUUAUUUGCUGAAUCAGACCAAGACAAACAGCAACGAUUCAUGAACUUGUAUACUUUCGGUAUUUUCUUUGCUGGUAUUCUUAGCGCACUUAGUCAGUUGGUAUUAAAUUAUGCAUUUGGAAAAUCUGGUGAAGAACUUACGAUGCGUAUGCGUCGAUUAACAUUUUCAUCAUUACUCCGACAAGAGAUGAGUUAUUAUGAUAAGAAAGAAAAUUCUAUUGAUGCUCUAACUACACAUCUUGCAUCAGAUGCAGCAGCUAUUAAAGGAUUAACAGGAAUUCAUAUUGGUAUUCUUGUACAAGGAUUUGGUGCAUUAGCAGCAUGUUUUGUUAUUGGACUUCUUUCUGGUUGGAAAUUAACAUUAGUUCUUUCAUGUUUCAUACCAAUUCUGUUCUUCUCAAGUAAGCUACAAGGAAGUAGACACGAUAAUAUAAGAACUGCACGAGAUAAAGACUUACAUUCUGAACAUGGUGAACAAUGUGCUUCUGAAACUAUAGAAAAUAUUCGAACUGUAGUUGCUCUUCAUCAAGAAAAUCAUUUUAUUAAUACUUAUGAACAAUUUUUUAAUCGGGAAUUUAAAAAAAAUAUGUGUCGUCUACAUAUAACAGCAUUCGCUGCAGGUGUUGCUUAUUCAUUGAAAUUCUUUAUCAAUGCAGCUACUUAUUCAUAUGGUAGUACGCUUAUUCGAAAUGGUGAAAUGUCUUUUCACGAAGUAUACAGAAUUGCUGCAGUUAUUCUGACUGCAACUGUAAGAAUUGGUAAAUCAACAGGAGAAAAUUUGAAUUUAUCGAAAGCAAAAUAUUCUGCAACACGAAUUCUAGACUUAAUCAAACGUAAAUCACAAAUAGAUCCGUAUGAUGAUUCAGGCAUUAUUUUAGAAAAUAUCACAGGUCGAAUUGAAUUUGAACAUGUCCAUUUUCGAUAUCCAUCAAGACGAAGUGUUGAAACUCUUAAGAAUUUUUCAUUAAUAUGUACAAAUAAUAGUUCUACAGCUCUUGUUGGAUCAUCUGGAAGUGGAAAAACAACAGUAAUUGAUUUAUUACAACGAUUCUAUGAUCCAUUAGAAGGCCAAAUUCUUUUUGAUGGUCAUGAUAUUCGUACACUUAACAUUCAAUGGUUUCGUUCAUUGAUGGGUCUUGUUCAACAAGAACCAGCUUUAUUUAAUAUUUCAAUACGUGAUAAUAUAGCUUAUGGUGAUAAUAGUCGAGAAGUAUCUCAAGAUGAAAUAGAAACAGCUGCUCAAAUGGCGAAUAUUCAUGAUUUAAUUAUAUCGUUACCUGAAGGUUAUGAUACAUUAUGCGGAAAUAAAGGUAAUCAAUUAUCUGUUGGAGAAAAACAAAGAAUUGCCAUAGCUCGUGCUUUAAUUCGUUCUCCAAAAAUUCUUCUAUUUGAUGAAGUUACAUCAGCAUUAGACAACAAUAAUGAAUCAAAAGUUCAAGAAGUAUUGGAUAAUGUAAAAAUGAAUCGAACGAAUUUAACAAUUGCUCAUCGUUUAUCAACAAUUCAAAAUUCAGAUAAAAUUAUUGUUAUUGAUAAAGGUCACAUCAAAGAAAAGGGUACACAUGAUGAACUUUUGAAAUUAAAUGGAAUCUAUUCAAAGAUGAUUAAUUCUCAGACGAAAUCAAUUUAA